AUGGAAAUGUCCAAGCUCAUCCUCGCCGCCCUCCGCGCCCUGCUCCUCCUCUCCGCCGCCGUCGUCCUCGGCACCUCCGUCGACUUGUACCAGUUCCUGCCCAAGUACCAAGACGCUUGUAACGCCGUCUACGAGGACAAACUCUGCGACCUCCAAGGCCUCAUCCCCGCCCUCGGCUACGGCUGCUUCGUCGGCGCCCUCGGGCUACUCGCCGCUCUCGCCGGCAUUGUGGCGACGUUCAUCGAUGCGAUCCCGACCAUCGUCGUGCUGGGCCUGGAAGCGUUCAGUGGGGUUGUUUAUUUGUCCGGCGGUCUCGCGUUGAGCAUCAUCCUCUCCAAAUCGACCUUCGACAACGCCUCCGGCAGCCGGUACACGGAGAUCAAAGCGGACACGGCCUUCCAGUUCAUCGGCUUCAUCGUGACGAUGGUGGUGGUGGGGCUGGGGUUCGUGUGGAGGGGGAGGGGGGGACGGCAUUCGGCUGUUUAG